UCUUGAAUAACGUCGACGUAGCUUGUUACCACCUUAUAAUUAAAUAGGUAUAGGCCAGUAAGUUGUGUGAACAGUUAUUGUUAAAUAUUUUAACAAUAGGGUUCUGAUAUUAGUAUUUGAAUUAAAAUGUCAACAAGAAGAGCAAGAAUUAAAGCUGUUACAGCACUACCACCAAGAAGAAAAAACGCAGCCACUUCCGAAAAUAAUAAACAUACUAAAACUGAGAGUCCAAAAAAAUCCGUUCCUCUAACUAGUGAUCAUGAUGACAAUAAAAAUAUUCCGCUCUCUGAAAGUGUCGAACCUACCCUAGCCUCGGGCAAUGAUAAUAAUUCAAGUCCAAAAACCGUACCUUCCGAAAACGUAGCUACAAAAGAGAAAGAGACGCGACCAGUUACUCCAUCACCAUCCACUACACGUAAUGUUUUCGCCUCUCCAAUCAUAAGGAAUAGUCCGAAAAGGGCUUUCGCUUCACCUAUAAUUCGCAACAGUCCAAAGAGACCCUUCACUUCACCAAAUAGAUUAACUCUUCAGAAUCCUCCAAAAGGCAUAGAUACUUCAAAAGACAAAACUCCUCUUCAUCAAGCCACUCCUACACGUCAUGAACUUACAGAAAAUACAGAAUUGAGAGUUGCAAGUAAUUCUAUAAGUAAAAUAGAACAAAACAAUGUUAGAAGCAAAGCAAACACAGAUGAUUAUAAUGUACCAAGUGUACCAGAAAGUAUUACUGAAGACGCAAUGGAUGGGAUUGUACCAUUACAGCCUGCUCGUAGUGCACCAAAACCGCUAGAAAAAUUAAAAAGUGAAAUCAUCUCUGAAAAUGCAGAAGUCUUGUUUGAUCCGAUUGUCCCAUUACCAUCUCCCAGUAAAGUGCGGCCAAAACUCCGUCCUGUACCACGCUUGGGACCGAGAAGAAAUAGUAUACAGGGUAGUGCAAGUGAAUCAGAAGAUGAGAGUCGCCGCAGUCUCCUAAGUAGUGGUACCACUACGCCAGCCCCUGCAAGACAGAGACAUGACUCUCACACACCACACCUCACUCUGCAGGGACUGUUAAAUAGGGAAGUGAGUCGGAUAAGGAAUGAUUCAGUGUGUUCAAAUAUAAGUCAAGCAACAACACAACCAACACCAGCAUCUCCACUCAAAGAAAAAAUACAGAAGACUCGACGAAUGGAAGCUAGCAGGCGUUUAAUGGCGAUGAGACGACGACGGGAGGCCGUAAAACGUGAAGCCCUGACUAUGUAUGAUCUCAUAUUCUACAAUCCUACGACAAAUCCUAUUGUGCCUGAUCAAGAUGAACUAAAAGCUAAAGAAGAGAGUGUAAAAGACUUGGAGAAGCAGAAAAAAGAGAUGAAAGAAGAAGACGCAGAUGAUCCGACAGAAAGCGAUGCGGCGCCUGUUCCACAAAUUAAACUGGGGCCAAAUGGAGAAAUAGUUCUUGAUGAGUCUAGUUUAGUGAUAAAACAAACGCGAACCCAGAAAGUGUCUUCCAUAGUACGCGAGGGUGCGUGGCUAGCUGGUCGUGGUCAGUACAAGCGCAGCGCCCGCUCCGCUGACUGGAGUGCCCCUGAAACCGUGCGGUUCUAUAGAGCACUUGCUGCUAUUGGUACCGACUUCACGCUGAUGGCGCCUCUGUUCCCGGAUCGGACGAGACGCGAGCUGAAAGUGAAGUUCAAAAAAGAAGAGAAGUUCAAUGGUGCACAAGUUGAUAAAGCGCUACGAUCAAGAAUAGAGUGGGACGCUAUUUCACUCAAAGACGAAUUCACAAACGAAAGAGAAGCAGAAAAGCGUAAAGCGCAAGAAGAGAAGGACAAGUUUAUGCGACAGAAGAAAGAAGAAAAGGAUCGGUUACGAGCGGCUAGGGAGAUUGGACAUAGAAGAAGUCGAGGUUUAAAAGCACUAGAAGUGUCUGUAAAAUCUAAAAGUAUCCGGCACAAACCAGAGAUUGCAACAGCAGACGAUUUGCUAGAACGAGCGAAACAAACACAACCAUUGAAACGGACAAUACCAAAAUCUCCAGUACCAAUACCACCAAAUACUCCAACGCCACCCACGCCAACCCUCACCACUCUAGCAAUGAUAAAUAAGAGACAGAAAACUAAAGACACUCCAAGUCCUGCAAACGCAACAACUUCUAAGACUCCAAAUAUCAACAAAACACCUGAAGUAGUUACUUCUCUAAACAACAUUCCGGCAAACAUCGAAACGGGAUCGCUCAUAGUUCUGACAGUGAACAAUCCAAAAUCCCCCGGAAAAAAGAUGCUCCAAACGUACAUAGCACAUGAACCAGGGAAAUUAACUCAAGUGGCUUUACCUACAGUGUUGUUGAAUUCCGUAGUUGGAUAUAUGAAGAAAGGAACUCCAAAAAGUACAGUGUCGAAUAGUUCCUCGCCUCUAAUGUCUCCGAAUAGUGGUGAUAGUCGAACUAGUACACCAAGUGCCAAGUGUUCGGAUACCUCGAAACGAUCAAAUAGUAGACAAUCACCAACACCAUCGGUGAAACCACUACCAUCACCGUCGAUUUCACCACCACAGUCACCAUUAGUUGCACCACUACCACCAUCGCCAUCGGUUGUACCACUAUCAUCGUUGUCAUGUUCGGUGCCUUCGCCGGCAAUCUUUGUUGAAUGCGAGGGAUGGGAGUCUGAUCAAAACACGCUACCACCCGACUCUCCGAUACAGCAUAUGCAGCAAUUACCUCCUCGCCCACGGUACCUGCGAAAUGGAAAUAUUUCAUACCUAAUCAACUACGGAAGCGAAGAAGACUCCGACGAGAGCGAUGACGACGAAGAGACAGUCGUGUUUCGUGGUAUUCCAAGAGUGCUUCAGAGCACCAUGGUGACACCCUUGGACCAGGAUGAGGAUGCUGCCGAAGAGUAUGCACCCACUGAUGACCCAGUGCCUAUCGCUGAGCCAGUGUCUGUCGCUGACCCAGUGCCUGGUGUACCCCUUACGGCGACGAAACAGCCUUGGCGCUGGUAUGAUUUUGAUUGGAAAGAGUUUCCGAAUUUUCCAAUGCCCCCUACAUUGAGACGGGAAACGUUUUCCGAAAAUAAUGUUGGUCCGACAACUUCUCAUGACGACCCGUAUGACAUUUUUAUUGACGUAUGGGAUCUUCAAAUUAUGGAGCACAUUGCCUCGGAGACGAAUAAAUAUGCUCAGCAGGUGGCAGACCAGAUGAUUAAUAACAACCUCAUGUGUCCCAGAAGCCGUAUCUCUCGGUGGAAGGACACCGAUCCCAAUGAGUUAUACGCAUAUUUUGGGAUAAUUUUGGCUAUGGGGGUUAUUAUUAAGACCCGCAUAGAGGAGUACUGGUCUUCCACCCCUGACAUAUUUUAUACUCCCGGUUUUAGCGCACACAUGUCUAUCGGUCGUUUUUUAAUAUUAAGCAAAUGUCUCCAUUUUAGCGAUAACGACGACAUGUGUGCGGUAGAACUGGACUACUCCGAAGCCAAACUAUUUAAAAUACGGCCAAUACUGUCACAUUUGAACAAAAAAUUCCAAGAGCUCUAUACACCGGCUCAAAAUAUUGCACUAGACGAGAGUCUUUUAAUGUGGAAAGGUUGGCUCGAAAUGAGCCAACUUAUUCCCAAUAAAGCUACACGUAGAGGGGUGAAAACUUAUGAGAUUUGUGAAUCUCAAACCGGCUACCUAUGGCGGUUUGAGGUUCACGCUCAUAAAAAAGCCCCUCUACAACAUACAGAAGAUCCAUUGGAGGCCUCAACACCAUCAAUUGUAUUGCGACUGAUCCAAGGCCUAGAAAACAAAGGAUACACAUUGUGGAUGGACAACUUUUACAACUCCCCAAGCCUCGCUCGACGUCUUAAAUCCUUGGGGUUUGACUGUGUAGGAACCCUGCGAACCGAUCGUAAGUACGUUCCGAAGGCUCUACACAGUCUCACCAAACGAAUUAUGCGCCCAGGUCAAAUUGCUGGUCUCACCGCUGGGGACGUCGAUGUCAUGGUAUGGAGAGAUUCUAAUAGGGUGUCUAUGAUCUCUACAUACCAUGGCAACGGCCAGCGCCUAAUUGAAAGCUCCACCAAACCCAUCCUGAUAUUGGAUUACAAUAUCAUUAUGGGUGGGAUGGACAAAAAGGAUCAAUUACUGUCAAUGUACCCAGUCGAGCGAAAACGGACCAGGGUGUGGUACAAAAAAUUUUUCAGACGAUUGCUAAACGUGUCCGUUUUAAAUUCUUACAUUAUACAUCAUCAUCACUCUUCUUCUUUAAGUCAUCGCAAUUUCCGAAUCUCCCUUAUAAAAUCACUCCUUUCAAAGCAUUCCUGUCCUUCACCACUUCCGCCUGCACCAACACAGAACGUGCACGUCGACGUUUCUCACCGAUUGGCUGAGUUCCCGAUGGGGAACCACCAACGCAAACGGCGAGCGUGUACGGUGUGCAAGAAACAGGUGCGUACGUUCUGUGUUGGUUGCAGUAAAACUGUAUGUAUGGACCCCUGUUUUCUUUCUAUUCAUUCAUAGUCACAUAAUUUAUGUUAAACUAGCUUCCGCCCGCGACUCCGUCCGCGCGGAUGUCGGUCUUUGCGUGGAUGGUUUAUUUCUCCAUUUUGAGUAACUCGG